AUGUCUAACCAAACUAAUAUCAAGACGACUGAGUCUCUUACUAGCCAGUCGAACACUGGGUCUCUUACUAGCCAGUCGAACACUGAGUCUCUUACUAGCCAGUCGGACACCACUGAGUCUCUUACUAGCCAGUCGGACACUGAGUCUCUUACUAGCCAGUCGGACACCACUGAGUCUCUUACUAGCCAGUCGGACACUGUCAUCACGGCUUCAUCAUCUUCAGAGACCAACCACAACGACCGACCCAUCCGCAAGGAAACCAAUCUCUGGCCCAAAGUGAAGGAAUACCUGCUCUCCCGCGCCGAAUUGGAAACGGACCCCCACACCGUCACCCCGCGCCCCAUGUGCGCCCUCUGCGACGAAAACGAGCUCGACAUCGCCGGCGUCCUGGCCACCGACAUCACCUCAGUCCGCUUCGAUGGUGCCGUGCUGCCCUGCAGCCACAUGUUCUGCAUCCCGUGCCUCAACGAAUACGAGGACAACCUCCCGGACCCCAACCCCUACGACGCCGUCUACAACCCCGUCUGCGGCCGCCGCAAGCUCACCCGCGAGUACAAGUGCCCGGCGUGCCGUGCCGACAUGCACCACAGGAAGUGCUGGUGCGAGGUCGGGGCUUGCAACCUUCCUUCGUAUGACCUUCUCGACGGCGGAGUUGCCGAGUCCGGCGGACAGUGGGUGCCCAAAAUGCUGCACCCCGGAGAGAGAAACCAGGAGGAGAUCGAGGUCUUGGAGUGGGUCGAUCAUGACCCUGCCGUUAUGGAUUUUGAGACUCGCCUGAAGCUCGUGGAGUUGGUGAACGCCGUGCCGACUACCAUGCCGGAGUGGGAGGCUGCUGUAGAGGUAGGCUGGGCUGCUGCUACCUCCGAGAACAAUGACGACGACGACGACGACGACGAUGAGCUUGAACAACACGAAACCAUCACAGAACAUCAAAAAACGUCCGGGGAACUUAACACUCGCCCCGUCGGCAUUACCAUUUCCAACGAUGCUGAUUUGAACGGCAAAAUCUACCCCAUCAUUUUAUGGAAUCAGGCGAUUACGCCUGUGUGCCCGAAAUGCGAUCGCGAGAGACUGCUCAGAUUUGCCUCUGCAAUGUUCCCUGUGCUUGAGGAAAUGCCUGAUUGGUUUAGGCACCGCGGGGUGCAGAAGACGGAGAAGUAAAUGUAUCCUCGUGCGAGGUACUAGAUGGAACCGAACGGGUUAGUGUUUUGAACGAGGAUGUUUUGGGCAAGAAGGAAGUGUUUUGGAUCACGGGUGGAUUUGGUUAUCUCUCUUACUGGUUCGCCUAAUGGGCCCUCUGAGAGUUUGAAGGAAUUUUUCGAGAAGAAAGGAAAUGUUUGGGAUUAUCUGCGAAUUUGGUUAUCUCUCUUACUGGUUUCGCCUAAUGGGCCCUCUGAGAAGUUUGAAGGAAUAUCGAGAAGAAAGGAAAUGUUUGGGAUUAUUAUCUGUGAAUUUGGUUAUCUCUCCUACUGGUUCGCCAUAUGGGCCCCUUCGAGAG